AUGGCGGCCCCAUAUUUACCUAUUAUGGAGAUCCCAACCGUUUCCUUGCUGUACAAACUGGGUCGUUUGGCUCCAACCCCAUCCCCGAAGUCUCAGCCAUCAAAACCAUUCAAUGACAUCAUUUCUCUUAUUCGUAAUGACAUAACUAAACUGCAAGGUGUGGAUUGCAUCGUCAACGCAGCAAACAAAUCCCUCCUCGGGGGUGGAGGUGUGGACGGGGCCAUUCACCGUGCUGCUGGCCCCAAUCUCGUACAGGAAUGCCGAGCCUUAGAUGGUUGUGAUACCGGUGAUGCUAAGAUUACAUCGGCCUACAAUCUCCCCUGUAAGAAGGUCAUCCACACUGUUGGACCUAUCUACCGGUACGAACUGCGCGGGGGUGAUGCUCGACCGGAGGCAUUGCUGCGGAGUUGCUACCGGCGGAGUCUCGAACUGGCCGUGGAAAAUGAUAUGAAGAGCAUUGCAUUUGCGGCGAUCAGCACCGGUGUGUACGGAUACCCCAGUGACGAAGCAGCUCGGGCGGCUCUCGAUGAGACUCGAAAGUUUCUGGAGAACCCGAGAAAUAUUGGAAAGCUGGAAAGGAUAAUCUUCUGCAACUUUGAACGCAAGGAUGAGGUUGCCUACGAGGAGAUGAUCCCCUCGAUCUUCCCACCUGUGGAGCAGGACCUUCCGAGUGAUAAUAUACCGAAGACCGAAUCUCAAUCAAUCGCUGACGGUGAGUCUUCGCCGUCGCUGGACUUGCUCGCAGCCAAGCUUCCUGACCCGCCGACCGUUGACCCUACCCUGGAUGGCCAGCCGGGAAGCAAGAAACAAAAGAUUAACGCAAGCGACGAACAGAGUAGUAGUAUUCAAACGGAGGACAAGAGCGAAGACGAUUGGGAGGAAGUCGAUAAAUCCGAAGAUGGUCGGACCGAAAGACUAGAUGAUGAACCGAUUGAAGUUGACCGACCACCUUCUGCGGCGGAUGUCCAGAGUGUUCAAUCCAGCGGCAUCAUUGAUAUGACCGAUUCCCAGUCGACUGGAAGCUUAUUAGGAAAGGAUUGGUGA